GUGUGUGUGUGUGUGUAUGUGUGCACGUUGGAAGCUCCUACCAAAGCAAAGUUCCCAUCAACGAAACGACAUCCAUCCCGACCCAUCUCACUCCGCCGUGACGAUAAAUGAACGAGACCUCGCUCCUUUCGGCUGCACCAAAACAACUUUAAAACUCGAAAUUAAAUACAUCAUUAAUCGCUAUCCCUCUCAAAGGAUACGAUAUCGACCAGACGGGCGAUUGCCACCGGACAACAGCUCUACAUCACUCCGUUAGCGACACAUUCCCGUCACCCUCAGAUUACGAUAACAAUGGCUGCGGGAGACUCUCAAAGGUUGCGCGAGGCGCAAGAAGUCGCAAAAUCGGACCCGAAGAAGGCGGAGGAGUUGUACAAGGAGAUCGUAUCCAAGCCACCAUCAGUUACCUCGGAUGCCGCCGUCAAGGAAUACGAACUGGCGUUACUCAGCCUGGGCGAACUGUACCGCGACCAGAAAAACUCAAAUGAGCUCGUCGAGCUCAUCAAGAGGAGCCGGACAGUGCUGUCGUCAUUUGCCAAGGCAAAGACGGCCAAGCUCGUCCGCCAGCUCCUCGACUUCUUCGACGGUAUUCCCAACACAACCGACCUUCAGGUAUCCGUGACCAAGUCAUGUAUAGAGUGGGCAACCUCGGAGCGACGGACGUUCUUGCGACAGAACCUCGAGACCAGGCUGGUGACGCUGCACAUGGCCAAGCAGUCAUACUACGAAGCACUGACCUUGAUCAAUGGACUGCUGAAGGAGCUCAAGCGCCUCGAUGACAAGCUCAUGUUGGUCGAGGUACAGCUCCUCGAGUCCCGCGUCUACCAUGCGCUCGGAAACAUCUCCAAGGCCCGCGCCGCCCUGACGAGCGCCCGAACCAGCGCGGCAUCCGUCUAUACCCCACCCAUGCUGCAGGCCAACCUCGAUAUGCAGUCCGGCAUGCUGCACGCUGAGGAUAAGGACUUCAAUACCGCUUUCAGCUACUUCAUUGAGGCUCUCGACGGCUACCACUCCCAGGAUGCGACCAAGAAUGCCACUGCCGCUCUGCAGUACAUGCUGUUGUGCAAGAUCAUGCUCAACCUUGUCGACGAUGUCAACACUCUUAUGGCGUCCAAGCAGGCGGCCAAGUAUGCUGGCCAGUCCCUCGAGGCCAUGAAGGCGAUUGCGCGUGCCCAUGCCAACAGGUCGCUGGAGGAGUACGAGCAGUCUCUUGCUGCCUACCGUCACGAGCUUGGUGGCGACGCCUUUGUCCGCUCCCACCUGCGGCGCUUGUACGACGCCAUGUUGGAGCAAAAUCUGAUCAAGGUUAUUGAGCCCUUCUCACGCGUCGAGAUUGAUCACAUCGCCAAGAUGGUUGGUCUCGACACGCAGCAAGUCGAACGUAAGCUAUCACAGAUGAUUCUGGACAAGGUUAUCAUCGGUGUGUUGGACCAGGGUGCCGGAUGCCUCAUCAUCUUUGAUGAGACUCAGCGUGAUGAGGCUUACGACCACGCUCUGGCCACAAUCGAAAAGCUGAGCAGCGUUGUAGAUGUCUUGUACACCAACCAGGCAUCGAUGCUAGAGUAGAAUAGCUUCAAGAUGAAACUUGCAUUCAUUUUGGGCUUUCUACAUGAUGAUGUUGGUUGAGUGAUGGUCAAUGGCACCAUGUUUGGCUGUAAUAUUAGAUGAUCGGGCGUCUUAGUGGUAGAAUUUAUCAAUCACGAGAGGUCUUCUCAAAGGAAGG